ACCUCUUCUUCCUCCUUCCUCCCUGCCGCUCCGUUAUAAUAUCCCAGCAAACCGCCCACCUCUCUCACCUCUCCCCUCUCUCUCCCUCUCUCUCGAGCGCUCUCGCGGCACGUCAACUCCAUUCCCUUCCUUCCCCUCCCGCUGCAGAUUGCUCGAUCAAGUCAAGAUUGACGCGGACAGAGCAUCCAGGAGAUUGGUCGGCGGAUCGAAUCAUGACGACGGACAAUGCAAGAAUCCCAAAGUCGUCGUCGUGGCCGAGGAGGACGAGGACGGCGGUGAGGAGAUGGCUGAGCCUCAAGACCAACGCAGAGCCGUCGUUCCAUUCAGACUGCGCCAGUGACAGAUUUGGCAUCAGAGGGCAGGAGCAGAGGAGGCGCAAGAGCUGCUCGGACAGGGACGGCAGCCGGCGAGAUCUGUCAGGUGAAGCAGGGUGGUUGGUGGAGGAGGGGCGCGAGAAUCUGGUGCCUCCCCUACGGCAUGGGCCGAGCUCGUCGUGGCAGCCUCCCAAGGAGCUCAGAGUGCUAGUGGGGACGUGGAACGUGGGCGGGAGAGCGCCGCACCAAGGGCUCGACCUCUCCGACUGGCUCCUCGACCAACAUGCCUCUUCCUCGCCUCCCCACAUCUACGUCCUCGGCUUUCAGGAAAUAGUGCCGCUGAACGCUGGGAAUGUUCUCGGGGCGGAGGACAGGGUCCCCGCUUCCAAGUGGCUCGACCUUAUUGGCCAAGCCUUGAACCCUUCCUCCUUGGAGAGAAGCAACAAUUAUCACCACGGUCACCGGUGCACGGCUGCCGAGGAGGCGCACCCUGAAUGUAGUCAAAAGGCCAAGGUCGGCUUCACGGAUAUACCGGUGAUGGACGAUACAGUGUCAGAGCUUGAGGAGGAAGAGGAGGAGGAUAGCGAGCCUUCCACGUCAAACCCGGAGUCGAGCAGCGAGGAGGAGACGAGCGAGUUUGUGACGAUGUUGCAAGAAAGGGCGAGGCACGGGUACCGCCUGGCAGCGAGCAAGCAGAUGGUGGGCAUCUUCCUCUGCGUGUGGGUCCGGGCGGAUGUCAUGCCACGUGUCACCGGCCUCAGGGUCUCGUGUGUUGGCAGGGGCAUCAUGGGGUACAUGGGAAACAAGGGGUCCAUCUCGAUCAGCCUGACGCUGCAAGGUGGCAGCUCGGCGGCGGCGUCCACGAGCCUGUGCUUCGUGUGCACGCACCUGGCGUCCGGCGAGAAGGACGGCGACGAGGUGCGCCGGAACAGCGACGUCGCGGAGAUCCUCAAGCGGACGAGGUUCCCGCGGGUACACCGGUUCUCCAGGCUGCCGGCGUCGGCACCGUCGUCGCCGGAGACCAUCUUGGAGCACGAGUACCAAGGUGAUAUGGCUCGGCGAUCUGAACUACCGGCUGUCGUCGACGGGCGGCGGCGGCGGCGGCGACGUCGAGACGCGGGGGCUGCUGGAGCGGAACGAGUGGCGGGCGCUGCUGGAGCGCGACCAGCUGCGCGCGGAGCAGAGGGCCGGGCGCGUGUUCGGCGGCGGGUGGGAGGAGGGGGAGAUCCGGUUCCCGCCCACGUACAAGUACCUUGCCGAGUCCGACACCUACGCCAUGGCCGCACUGAGCUCCUCCGCCGCCGGGAGGCCGUCGCGGGAGAAGAAGAAGCGCACGCCGGCAUGGUGCGACCGCAUCCUGUGGCGCGGCGAGGGCGUGGAGCAGGCGUGGUACGAGCGCGGCGAGUCGCGCUUCUCCGACCACCGCCCCGUCAACUCCCUCUUCUCCAUCCGCCUCCACCACCACCACCACCACCACCACGACGGCAGCAGCCUGCAGGCCACCGCUAAUAAGGCAUGCUGCCGGCAACGCAGGACACCGCCCGCGGGCGGCGCGGUGAUCGAGGCCGAGGAGCUGCUCGUCGCGCCGCCCCGGGACUGCCGCCGGUGCCUCCAGUCCUCGAGAUUCUGACACGUCAUACGUGGUGACCAUCGAAGAACGGCAGCGGCGGCCUCAAAAGGUGGCCGUCGCGGCGCACGCGUGCCGGCCGGCGCUGAAACAUAGGCGAGCCCGGCCGUGGUACGUGCACCGGCAGGCAGGUGGCGUACGUGCUCGUUAUUGCCUGCCAUUUGGCCACGGAGCUCGCAGCAAUUUUCACUCUGAGAGGAGAAGGACGGGACAUUCUUCUCGGGAACGCGCGAGCUUUUCAGGGUGGAUGCCUUGCCUUCUUCGGAGGAAUCUUCUUAGUAGAGUAGUAAUUCUUCCUUCAUGUCUAAACUUAUCACAGUAUGCGUGUAGCCCAGCAGUAUAGAAUAGGAAAUCAGGAAUCCUUGUCUUCUUUUCUCUGUCGUUUUGUUUUGGACGUACAUAAGAAGAAAAAAACUGUAAUCUCGAAAUUUUCUUCAGUUCAUAUAUAAUUAUAUAUAUAAGGAGAUGGGUUGUCCAUA